AUGGCAGAGAGAAACACACACAUCGUCGACCCGGAAGGAGACGUGAUACUCUUCCAUAUAAUGGAGGGAGAAGAGCAUCGUAUCCGAAUAUCGACCAAGCACCUGAUUCGAGCAUCGCCUUUCUUUGCAAAACUCUGCACCGGAAGAGAACAAGACAGCACCGAACCUUCGUGCAGCAGAGAGUUCUUGCCCGACUUCGAGGGGUUGAGGCUUGAGUCCAUCCUGAUAUUGAUGCGGAUCAUUCACGGCCAAGCGUCUGUGCUGCCUGAAGUAAUCGACCUCCCGACACUGGUCGACCUGGCACUGCUAGUGGACCGCUGCCAGUGUGCACCACUCGCCCGGUACUUCGCCCUGCAUCCCUCCGAGUACGGCAAGGAAGUGAUGGAGUGGAUAUAUGUGGCAUGGGUGUGGAAUCUGAACAAAGAGUUUGAGGCAAACACUCUUGUCGCUGUUGAGACAAGUUAUGAGGUGGUGCACUCUCACAAUCUGCCUUUGCCAGGGAGGAUUAUUGAGAGGAUCAAGAGGAACCGAGAGCAAGCCAUAGCGAAAGCCAUAAAAAAAUUGAAAAGAGCGGAAACAAAGUUUUUGAAGGGUACUGGUGAAUGUUGUUCUCACUUCAGUUCCAUGAUGUUGGGGUACCUUCAGAGAAAUCUUUACGAUGCCAGCAUCAAAGACCCCAUGUGGCCGAAGGCUCCAUAUAUCGGCGAAUCGUAUCAGAGGCUGGUUGAAGAAGUCGAGUCCUUCGUGAACCCUGAGUAUGAGGACGGAGAGUGUGGCAAGAACAAGUAUGAUUUGCAGAGAUUCCUCAAUAUCCGCAAUCUCGCGGUGGGUGUGAAACUGAAGGCCCUCACCCACAGAAGCUAUAUCAACUCCGAAUAA